AUGGCAUCAUCAGUCCCAGGCCCAAUAGCAUUACCAGAAUCCAAGUUUGAUCUUUCAACAUACUGGGGUCGUGUUCGUCAUUGUGCUGAGAUUUCAGAUCCUACAAUGUUAUUAACAACGUCCUCAUCAUUAGAUUCAGCAAAGAAAUUGAUCUCAGAUUAUAGAAAUGGUAUUUUAUCCAAAAUGACCCCAGAACUAUGGCAUGCUAAGAAAGUUUUAGACUCCACUGUUCAUCCAGAUACUGGUGAAACUGUUCUUUUACCAUUCAGAAUGUCAUGUUGUGUCUUGUCCAAUUUGGUUGUCACUGCUGGUAUGUUGACACCAGGUUUAGGUACUGCUGGUACAUUAUUUUGGCAAGUUGCUAAUCAAUCAUUGAAUGUUGCAAUCAACACUGCAAAUGCCAAUAAAUCACAUCCUUUAUCAACAACUCAAUUAAUCCAAAACUAUACUAUUGCAGUUACUGCUUCUUGCUCUGUUGCUUUAGGUUUGAACUCUAUUGUUCCAAGAUUAAAAUCAUUAUCUCAAAAUACAAGAUUAGUUUUGGGUAGAUUAGUCCCAUUCGCUGCUGUUGUCACUGCAGGUAUUGUUAAUGUUUUCGCUAUGAGAAGUGAAGAAAUCAGAAAAGGUAUCACUGUUUUCGAUAAGAAUGGUGAUGAAGUUGGUACUUCCAAAACUGCUGCAAAAUAUGCUGUUGGUGAAACUGCUGCUUCAAGAGUUAUCAAUGCUACUCCAAUCAUGGUUAUUCCACCUUUGAUUUUGGUUAGAUUACAAAAAGGUUUCUUAAAAGGUAAAGGUACUGGUAUCCAAACUUUAACUAACUUAGGAUUAAUCUUGACAACUUCUUUGGUUGCACUACCAUUCGCUUUAGCUGUUUUCCCACAAUAUCAAGGUAUAAGUGUUCAUAAAUUAGAAUCUACAUUAGCUGGUAAAAAGGAUAAAGAUGGUAAUGAAAUUGAAACUGUUUUCUUCAACAGAGGUAUUUAG